GGAAGUGUUUCGAGUACCGCCAAUCUCGAAAGAGACAUUUCGCAUGUUUUACCGAUGGGUGAACUGAUGGGGAAAGUUUGUCGAACCGUACUGCUUAGAACAGGCAUUCAUCUGUUCAUCUUGUGCGUGACAGUGUGCUCCGUGGGCUCUUCAAAACCAGUGGAAGCUGAAGAUCCCAUUGUUCGCACGGAUUCUGGGCUCGUCGCUGGUGUACGUAUCACAGUCGGCAACCGACUGGUGGACGCUUUUUUGGGAAUCCCGUACGCGGGACCACCCGUUGGAGAUCUUCGCUUCAGAAAACCUCGUGUACUCAAACCUUGGAUCGGAACGUACAACGCUACAAGAAAGCCAACGCCGUGUUGGCAGCAGAACGUUCAAUUUACGCGGGACGCAGAAUCAGACUACUCCGAUUCCUCAGAGGACUGCCUCUACCUCAACGUCUGGCGAAAGACUUCCAACUGUUCAAACUUUGAAUCGUGUGACAAGAAACGACCAGUCGUUGUUUUUAUUCAAGGAGGAGCCUUCCAGUGGGGCGACUCAGCUUUGUUUUUUUACGAUGCGGCAAACUUCGUGUCUCUGACAGACGUUGUCUACGUAAGUUUCAACUAUCGCCUAGGAUUUUUCGGUUUUUUGUCGCUGGAGACUUCAGAACUGCCUGGUAACAUGGGACUUUGGGACCAGAAUUUGGUGCUUAAAUGGGUUCAAAGAAAUAUUGAACACUUUGGGGGUGAUCGAGAUGACGUCACGAUUAAGGGUCAAAGCGCGGGGGGAGUAUCUGCGGGAAUGCACGCUGUGUCUCCUCAUAGUAAGGGCCUUUUCAAACGGAUCAUCAUGGAAAGCGGCGCACCACUCUCCAUAUUCUUCAAAUUAACUUACAAAGGUACUGGAAAAUUUUCUGCGGUGGCAAGUGCUCUUGGAUGUUAUAACGUAAACAAGUCCCUGGAAGACCAACGUAGAGAUGUGACUGAGUGCUUAAGAAAACUGGACGCAGCGUUCAUCUACAAAACCUUGAAGUCACUGGACCUCUAUCAACAAUUUUUUGGUCCAGUACUCGGAGGUGACUUUCUACCUUACCACCCACUUAUGGAAGAAACCUGGAAACACCUUGAUUUCAAAGAGCUUCUUAUUGGAACCACUCUGAACGAAGGGACAUUGUUUUUCGAUAAUCUUCAAUACACGUUCCCGGCACUUGAACCCCUGUUGGAAGGAGACUAUCGUCUUGCGGUCACAGUUGCGCUGGCAGCUGCCUUUGACAUUCCGGUUUCACGUGCACGAGAGAUUGUUCGUUCUUACUUCGGUGAUUACGAUGUCGUGCAUGACAGCCGAAGCGUCGGAGAUAUAAUUAGCAGAAUUUUCGGAGAUGUUGUUUUUAACUGUCCGACCAAGCUGUUCGCCGACCUCGCUUCGCAGCAAGGAAUAAGCACCUACAGAUACAUGUUUGCGCAUCGGCCGAGUUUUACUGUGUGGCCAGAAUGGAUGGGCGUUGUGCACGGAGACGAUCUGCUGUUCACAUCUGGAUCCUUGCCGUUUUUGAAAGACAAAACUUAUCACACGAAAGAACUAGGAGAGUACUUAAGGAAAAAAUUCUCAAAUGCAACGUACACGGCAGAAGAAGGGACCUUCAUGACGCAGCUCGUAAGUGCCUGGAACUCUUUCAUAAGGAACGGAAAGCCAGUAAUCCCAGGUUCUGGCAUUGACUGGCCGUUGUACAAGGCGGAAAGUUCUGAGCUGACGUACCUUCGCCCCGGCAACUAUACAAUUGCACAAGACCCAUCGAGGAAUAUUUGCGAGCUGUGGAGGCCAUUCCUACUGAAGAAGUGA